GGCGCAUAUAUAGAUUACCUCAUUCAUCGUAUGUAUACAAGAUUCAUCCUCGCACUUCAGUAUUUUUUCAGUAUCCAUCCCGCUACGCCCCUCAAUCCAAAAUAAUGGCAUCCUUAAUCAACCAAGCUGCAUGGCAACCCAAGGCCCGAACAAGAUCCCUCCAGGUCGGCCCGGGACCAACUCCCAGCCCUAAUGAGCAUGAGAUUGUCAUCAAAGUAGCCUAUGCGGCGGUCAAUCCGACCGAUUGGAAGGUGAGCAAAACGCCCUUGAAAGAAGAUAGGUGUUUUCACAGGCCAGCAAUACUGAAGCGAGUUUGACUAUGCAGAUGCAAGACACACCAUACUUUGAGCUCGAGUAUCCAUUUAUCUGGGGCACUGAUGUUGCAGGGACCAUUGUGCAGCUUGGCUCCGAGGUGACGCAAUUCAAAGUCGGGCAGAGAGUAAUCGGGUGGGUUCAACCUAACGCUCUCUUCUUGAACUCAAACAUAGAGAGCAGUGAAUGAAUACUAAACCAAUCGAAAAAAGGCACUGUGACUCGUUACUCACGCGCAAAGUCACAAACGCGGGCUUCCAGCUUUACACCACCGUCCGCGAGAUUCUCGUCGCCGAAAUCCCGGACUCCCUGCCGCUAGCCAAUGCGGCCGUGCUGCCUCUGUCAGUGUCCACCGCCGCCAGUGCUCUCUACGUGCAGCUGGACCUUCCUUUCCCUUCUCUAAGUCCUAAGAGUACGGGUAAGCGCAUUGUGAUCUGGGGUGGCAGUUCAUCGGUUGGAAGUUCGGCUAUUCAACUGGCGGUCGCAUCGGGACUCGAAGUGGUGGCGACUGCUAGUCAGGCCAACCACGAUCUUGUCCGGAGUCUCGGCGCCUCGCAGGUCUUCGAUCAUCGGGCGCCCAGCGUGAUUGACCAGAUGGCGAGUGUCUUGCAACCAGGUGAUUAUGUUGUGGAUUGCAUCGGAAGUCCAGACACUCAGGCGAAAUGUGGUGAGCUCGUGGGUAGGAUAGGCGGAGGAACGCUCCCGGUGAUGUUAUGGCCGCAGGGUGGGCUGCCGCAGAACGUGAGGGCAGUCUUUGGUGAGUCUGAUAAUUUUCUAUUUGCAUCAUCAAAACCAGUAUGUAUGCUAACGGAUAUUCUGCAAGUGAACGGUCUGGAUCCGGGAAUGGUGAAUCUGGACGUGGGCAAUGCAGUGUGGCGAAAGUUCAUUCCUGAAGCCUUGGCAGCGGGGAAGUUCCAGGCAAAGCCGGAUCCUCGUAUCGUGCCUGGUGGGCUGGAGAAGGUUCAAGAAGGAAUCGAUAUGUUGCGCCAGGGGGUGUCGGCUCAGAAGAUCGUGAUUGAGAUCUCCCGGAGUGAAUAGAUCUGCCAUGCCGUUGUGACGUUUGUAUUGCCUAGAAUAGAUCCUGAGUAUUGUCAAUACUCCUGAGAAGUCAAAAGAAGCAGCGCAUGCAUCCGUUGACA